AUGUUUGUAGAAACGAAUAUUUGUGAUAAAUUACGUGAUUGGAACAUACAAUUUAAUGUUACUCAUAACUGUCUUAACGCUUUGCUAAAAAUUUUACAAACUGAAGGUUUAAAUGUUCCUAAAGAUGGACGAACUUUAAUGAAAACUCCUUCUAAACACACAAUUAUACAAAUGAAUAAUGGUUCGUAUGUACAUUUCGGGAUCGAACAAAUGGUUUAUCCAAUUUUACGUAAACAUAAAAAUGAUUUAACAAAUAUAAAUAAUUUAAAGUUUGGUAUAAACGUGGAUGGGUUACCGCUAGCCUCAAGCUCAAAAAGUCAAUUUUGGCCUAUUUUAAUGUGUAUUGUAAAUGUAAAAGUUUUAUCUAAAUAUGUUAUACCGAUUGGUAUAUUUCAUGGGUUUGAAAAGCCAUUUUCAGUUGAUGAAUUUUUAAGUUUUUUUUUAAUAGAUGCUUUAAGUAUGCUUGAAAAUGGUAUAAAUGUUGAUAAUACUUUAUAUAAUAUGGAAAUAGCUCAUAUUGUAUGUGAUGCACCAGCUAAAGCAUUCUUAUUAAAGGUGAAAUCACAUAAUGCCUACCAUGGAUGCAAUACAUGCAUUGAUGAAGGUGUAUUUAAUAAGACAAUGACUUUUUUAACUACCAAUUCACCUAUGAGAACAAAUAAUUCAUUCCGAAAUAAAACCGACGAUAGUUACCAUAAGGGUACAAGUCCAUUAGAAAAAUUACCCAUAAAUAUGAUUGAUGAUAUACCAGUCGAUAACAUGCAUUGUGUGUAUGUCGGUGUAACAAAAAGGCUUAUUAAAUUUUGGGUCAAGGGCAAAAAAGAUAUAAGAUUAUUAGAUGAAUCAAAGAAUGAUAUAAAUAAAAGUAUUUUAAAUUUGAGAAGUUAUGUGCCAUCAGAAUUUGCUAGAUUGCCAAGAUCUAUGGAUGACAUUGAUCACUGGAAGCGCAAUUAG